GUGAAGUUACAUUUUGGAUGAUGUAUCAAUACACCUAGUCACUCCAAGAUACAGGCAUCCUUCCAAGUUCAGUUGAUGGAGAGGAAGGAAACCACUGAGGGAUUUCACCAUGAGGCCACUGGUGUCUUUAAAACAAGUUUUUAAUGGCUGUGAUUGGAGAACUGAAGAUGGGUCAACGACAUUGUAGUUACUCCACAAUACUAACCUAAAUGACAGUGUGAAAAGGAAGCCUGUACAGAAUAAGGCAGUAAAGUAAUACUGCAAAAAAUGUGGCAAAAAAAUGUACUUUUGGUCCUGAAUACAAAGCAUUAUGUUUGGGGGCAAAUUCAACACAUCACUAAGUACCACUCUUCAUAUUUUCAAGCAUGGGGAUAGCUGCAUCAUGUUAUGGGUAUUCUUGUCUAGAGUUUAUGUUUUUGAUCAAAAGAAAAGGAGUAGAGCUAAGCACAGGCUAAGUCUUAGAGGAAAACCUGGUUCAGUCUGCUUUCCAACAGACACUGAGAGACAAAUCCACCAAAUAUUAGUGCUGAGCGAUUUUUCUGUUUUUGAACAACUAAUUAAUUUUUUUUAUUAAAGUAAAGUGAACAAAUUAUGGUUGAUAAGUGAUAAGCAGCAAUGAAGAGUCACUACCAUCAUGGGUGGGACUUUAAUUAAUUGUUUUAUUCAGUGUUACAGCUUUCAACCCACAAUGCAGUGAAUUUAAUGUCUAAAAAAAUGAUCAAAAACCAUUUUUUAAUAACCUAGCCAAAUAUUUUUUUAAAGAAUAAGGGGCACAUAUUGUACAAUCCAGGUUUGCAAAGAUCUUAGAGACAGAUUUAUCCAGAAAGACUCACAGCUGUAAUCGCUUCCAAAGGUGAUUCUAACAUGUAGUAACUCAAGGGGUUGAAUACGUAUCUAAUCAAAACACUAUAUUAGUGUAUUAUUUUCUAUUAAUUAAAAUUUUAAAAAUAAAAAUGUCUUCCACUUUGACAGAGUAUUUGGUGUAGAUCGAUUACAAAAAAUUACAAUUAAAUACAUUUGUAACAUAACAAAAUGUGGAAAAAGUCAAGGGGUGUGAGUACUUUCUGAAGGCACUGUAACUACCUAGCAUGAUCACGAAGAAACAAUUUAAUUCACUCUCCAUAAUCCCAUACCCCAUAGCCAAAUGGUUAGCUAGCUAGCUAACAUUAGCAUAUUAGCACAACAUAGCAAAGGACACUGCACUAAUUCGGCAGCUAACACAAGCAGCUGUUUCAUGGAAACUAGCGAAUCCAUUGUGAUAUAUUGUCAAUACUAACUACAGUGGUUAGCUAGCUUGGAGGAAGUCUUUAGUGUUGUGGGCAUUGCGUCUAUCACUUUUUUUUUUUUUUACCAUCCCAUAGCCUUCACUGCAUAUGAAGUGCGACUGGCUCAUCGUGGAUGUACAGAGAUAAUGCGCUUUUUUAUGCUCCCCCUCAUGGAGGUUUGUACUCUCUGAUUGGCUCAAAGUCCAGUUGUUGGCCGCUGACAACCAUCGCUGUAGGUUCGUUGCUACCGGGUUGGCACGCAGCAGGUACCGCUUUUGUUCUAGCGAGACAAGAAACGGCUUCCUACUGUAAUAAGUACAUAUUGGCAGUCUAUCAGUAAAUUGACUGAGAAAACAUUCUCAUUUACAGCAAUGACCUGGGUAAUAGUUGCAGGGGGGAUGAAUGAGCCAAUUGGAAGCUGGGGAUGAUUCAUCCUUCGUUAGUUUUAGUCAUCAGUCGUCUAAAACUGGACAAUUUUAGUCUAGUUUUAGCCACUUAGUCAGUGGAUUUUUUAAUAUUAAAUAAUGACAAUUUAGGCUACCUCUAGCUUCCACCAUGUGCCUUGUCCAACUAGACCUACUAUCCCCUCGUAUACCUUAGCUGGCAACAUUUGAUAUUGUGGCAGAUUAUAACCAAUGCCAGCCAUAAUUAACCAUAUAGGCUAUAAAGGCUUGGCUACAGGUUAAACCAUUUACAGCUCUAAUUUUCUUCCCAUCGUAACUGUCAAGGGGUUAAAUAAUAGUGGUUUCAUUGAAAAGGGGAUUUGAGCUUUACAAAAAUGCCAGAAGUAUUACUGUACUUUUAAUAGUCAACAAAUAGCAUUCGUUUUUCCCAUAUGAAAAAAUGAACCAGAUGUCGCAUUUCCUGACUGCGGCGUGAGAGCGGCAACACAGAUGAAUGAAUAACAGCGCACAUGGGGAAAUAGAGUUUCUGAUGUGAUCAAAGAGUGACUGAAGUGACCGCCUGGUGGCUGUGUGGCGGAGCCGGGCAGAUCAGCUCAAUUACACCGCGCAACUGAAAGAUGUCAAUUCUGCCAAUGAGAGGAUUGCAUGAAAUAUUCUGCUUGCAUGUUUCUGAUUGUAAAAAAUGGAUGAAAAGAUGCUUCAUGUCAAAUUAAAAAUAGUUACUUGACGAGUAUUUUUCGUCAUUGUUAUUGUUGACGAAUUGAACAGUGUUUGCCUGGACCUAGAUCAGAUGGGGAGGGAGCAGGACAAGGAGUCAGACAAGCUGGCUCUACUCAGUGAGGUGGACAGACACCGUAGGCAGAUGCUCAGUAACCAUACAGCAUGGAAGAAAGCCAACCUGGCCAGUAAACUGUCGCUACACAACCUGGAGAAGGAAUCUCUUCUCUAUGAAUUUAGACAAAGAAAGGUGACCAAAGAGGGCCUGGCCCAGACGUCCAGUGACAUCACAGAGAGCCCGAUGAGCAUCAGCCAAAUGAUGUCACAGCAGGUGACGCAGAGCGAGGAAUCCAUAACCAUUCUGGCAACCUCGUCUCAGGCGGUCCUGGAGACAAAUGAGGAGUUUAAGGCCAUGACCGAAACCAUCCAGCUGGGGAGAAAGCUCAUCACUAAGUACAAUCGCAGAGAGCUCACUGACAAACUGCUCAUCUUCCUCAAACUCGUACUCUUUCUCACCACGGUCUUCUACAUCCUCAAGAAGAGAUUAUUUUUCCUCCAGACCAGACACAACUAACUUAAACUAAGUCACUUUUAAAGCAACUUUGAGUAACUAUGAUCAUAUAAGCUAAUUUAUGACAUAAGUGAGUCGUGUGAGAUAAGUAUUGUAAGAUUAAUAUACUGCUUAUUAAUGUAAAUCAAUAUCAACAUUUUAAAGACUUGUUCACACACAGUAGUAAUAGCUUUGAGGAUAAGCCUUUUUUAAACAUUAUGUGUUCGUCAUGGAAGGAAUAUCAGCUGUUUGCAAUACUUAGAGCAAAGUUUGAUGGUUAAUGUAACCAAUUGUUAUGAUUAUCAUGUUAAUGUAUUAUUCCAUUGCAGGAAGUGUAAGCUGUUGCCCAGUUAUUUAUAUCCUGCUCUGAAAGAGAAAUAAAUGGAUUUUAGCACAUUACA